UGAUGAUAAACAAGAUGGCCGAUAGCCAUUAUAAAAGCAAUGUACAGCAAAAUUUUUACUCAUUUUUUCCACUGUUUAACCGUAUCGACCAUUUCAUUUUGUUCAACACAAAAAAAAGUGAAAAAUGAUGUUCAAGAUUGUCAUCUUGUCGGUCAUCGUUGCCUUAGCUCAUGCUGGUAACAAAAUCAAAUACAAUGCCUUAACUAUUGGUGAUACAUUGGCACAUCCUGAAAUGGAAUUUGAAUUGGGCGAUCCAAAACCAUAUGAUUGGAAAAAUGAACCAACACCAAAACCAUAUGUAAAUGAAUUUAAAAUCGCUCAACCAUUAGAUGAUGCUGCUCGUCAUGCUGAACCGGAAAUUCCACAACCACCACAACCAUUUUCAUUCGGUUUUCAAGCAAUGGCUAAUGAUGGUACACAAUCACGACAAGAAUCACAAGAUGCUUCAGGCAAAGUUACUGGUUCAUAUACUAUUGUUGAUGCUAAUGGUGCACAACGUAUUGUCGAAUAUUAUGCUGAUGACACUGGUUUCCAUGCUAAUAUUAAAUCUAAUGAACCGGGUAUCGAACAAGGUGAAGGUGGUGCUGGUGCUACUUAUGAAAAACUAUAAAUAAUAUUUUUUU